GGACGAUCGUUCACUUAUACAUCAUAUUUUCGUAGAUUCAUACACUAUACCACUUUGCCGACGUAUUCAUUGCCGUCCAGUUCCUCGUCACAUUGCUUCGUCCUUCGCAUAAGGGUAUCCCGUGCAGCAGUGUGUCAUCCCAACCAUCGUCAUUUCGUCGAAGGAGUAUAAGCAAUCGAAUCCGGGCAAUUAGACUUCCCGCAAUCCUUCGACUUGGUGCGCACGGUGGUUGUCUUGACGGGGACGCCCGACUUGCUGUAUUCGAUAAUGGGUUUAUGAUCCCACGAGCACAUCUUCGUCGUGGUGAUUCGGUUACACCGAUGGUCUGAGUGACGGUGUAGCCCCGCUCCGCCUGAUCGUUCGCGUUUUGAUGAUUGGAUCCUUUAAGCGUGAUGUUCCUUCGACGUGUUCGAAACAGAUGAAUCGCACGACAAAGGAAACCAUCCUUCGAGUCCGAACAUUAUAUGCUGCCUCGACCACCCCCUCUCUCUCACGGCUUCGAACAGCCGGGGAAUCUUCGUGCCGGCAUAAGCGCCGGUCGUUGCCACCGUCACAUCGGAGUGCAGCGUCGCACAUACCAGUAGCUUAUCGACCAGACGAACGGAGGUGUUCCUCGACAGGCCGUGCAUCAUGCACAGAUGACGUGAGAGACCUCCGCGCGCAAGAGGCCGCACCUGUCGUCAAGCCACGGGGGGAUGCAACGCGUCCGACCACGACACCGCAUCUCUACAUCACUGCUGCUGAUACGUUGGCGUUUCUGGUUGCUGGUCGCCUGAAAUGUAUAAUACGUCGAGCGCCAUUGAUCGCCAGCGCAACCAGCUUGGCGAAGACGCUAGGAGGCGCAGAUCACCAAUCGGCAUGUUCGGGAAGCAACGCAGAUGCAGAUUGACUCCUCA